AUGGCUGUGCAGCACCCCAAGGUUACCACGGCGUGGGUACCAAGUGACACAUCUGCAUACAAGAAGAAGCUUGGUGACGUCAUGGCUGUCAUCCCAAAGGACUAUCGGCCAGCACCCACGACUACUCCAACGUUAUCAUACCCAUACUCCGCGCGUACAACGCCACAACGCGGUACGUCGACCAAGAACAAGCGUCUGGAUGCGUUCCCCUUCAUCGAGCCGUGGCACGCGGACAUCCUCGGCCUGCGCAAGAACCACGGUCAGGAGGAGUUGGCGCGCGCAACCUCUUCUACGCCUCUGAAUCUCGAACCUCUUUAUGAAGCACGUCGAGCAGGACCGGAAGUGGUCUCUCUUCUACCCGAACGAGGCUCCGGGCCUGUCGGACGUGCACAGCAAGGAGAUUGA